AUGGUUUGGAGCGCGUUCCGCCCCAGCGACGACCCACAGCAGUACAGUUUCUCCAUCCCAGACAACAUAUAUGUGGCCGGCGCCCUGCAGCGCAUCAUCGAGCUCAACCGGCUGGUGUGGUGCGACGACUUCAUUGGGGAAACCGCGCGGAAGCUUCUCGCCGACAUCACAGAGGGGAUCACCAGGCAUGGAGUUGUCAAGGUGCCGGGUGACCCGGGCGCGGACGGCAAGGCGACAGAGAUCAGCGUGUAUGCGUAUGAGGUGGAUGGCCUGGGCCACUCCCUGACGGACUUUGACGACCCCAACGUGCCCUCCCUCCUGGCCAUACCCCUCAUGGGCUGGGACGGCUGGGACAGAGAGGUGUACGAGGCGACGCGGCGGCGCAUCUUCAGCCCCCGCAACAGGUUCUACUUCAGCGGCCCGAAGCUGACCGGCCUGGGGUCGCCCCACACGAGCCCGCGGUUCGUGUGGCCGCUGGCGCACGCGGUGGAGGCGCUGACCACGUCGGACGCCUCCAGGCAGGCGUCGCUGCUGCAGGAUCUCCUGCAGAUGGCCGCCGGCAACGGCCUCGUGCAUGAGUCCGUCAGCGUCGACAACCCCGCGGCCUUCAGCCGCCCCGAGUUUGGGUGGGCCAACGCGAUGCUGGUGGUCGCGGUGGAGAGCCUGCUGGGGAUCGACUGCGACGCGGCGGCGGAGGAGCGGCGGCUGGCGGACAUCGAGGGGCGCGAGAAGUCGCAGGUCCGCAUGCCGGCCAACAAGGGCGCCGACCUCCCCACUUACUACGAGCUGCUGGAGGCCACCAUCCAGCACGUGUGA